CCAGACUACAUAGACCAGUUGACACACGUCACAACAAAACACUUUCAAGUUUUUGCAAAAAUAAAUUGAAUCAGAAUUUAAUAAAUAUUUAAUAGAAAUACAGACAAAUAUGGAGACUUUAUACCAUCAAACCAAUCGCAUAUUACAAGAAAUUGAACAAAACUUUCAAAAAUUAGUACAGACAGCGGGACAACCCGACAAUUAUGAUGUGGAGAAUGAAAUACAAAUGAAAAUAACACAAGUUAAUUCCAAUUGCGAUCGGUUGGAUGUUUUACUAUACAAAGUACCGGCAUCCCAAAGACAGAGUGCAAAAAUGCGUGUAGAUCAAAUAAAAUAUGAUGUGCGACAUCUUCAAAGUAGUCUGCAAAUGUUCAGAGAAAAGAGACAUCGAAAACAACAGGAAUUGUCGGAACGAGAACAGCUAUUAAGUCAUCGAUUUGCACCCAAUACUGAUGAAACAUGUUUGGAUAUCGAUUAUGCUCUACAACACAAUACCCAAUUGGGUAAUGCCCAUCGUGGCGUUGAUGAUAUGAUAUCUACAGGAGGUAAUAUUCUCAGUAGUUUGGUAAAUCAACGGAGUACCUUGAAGGGUGCCCAAAGGCGUCUUAUGACUAUUGGCAGUACAUUAGGUUUGUCAAACCAUACAAUGAAAUUAAUUGAAAGACGUUUUGUUGAGGAUAAAUAUGUAAUGUUCGGAGGUAUGUUUGUUACGUUGUUAGUUAUUGUAUUGGUCAUCUACUUUAUGGUUUUAUAGUUUAAGUAUACGAUAUAAAUUUUGUUGCCUUUAUAAUUUUAUUUCGAACUAUGUAUUAUUGUAAGUUUACAAAGAAUAAAAUUUUACACAAUUAAUAUGUAA